AUGACACCCACCAAACCCGAGAUUGUGGCUUUCCAGCAGACCGAAUUUGCCUCGACACCGCCUCAGGGGCGUGAAAUUAUUGAACAUCCCAAAGGCUGGGCAAACUGGCGAGUCUUGCUCAAUGGCAUCAUCAUUGGUCUCUCCGUCGGGCUGUUCGGUUACGAUAACUCCUUUGCAGCUCCGCUUGUGGCCCUGCCCUUGUUCAUCACGAAGUAUCAAGGCGCCGGGAUCGCCUUCACAGCCCGCAAUCUAGACUUGGUCAUCACCGUUCCCCUCGUUGGAGCCGCAUUGGGUACAUUUGUUGCGACGCCGUUGAUGAGAUACCUCGGCCGCAAGAAGGCAUUUCUGGUCGCAUAUUUCCUGCUGUGCGUUCCUGGGUCGUUCCUACAACUUUUUGCCCCCGACUUGGGAGCUCUGGUGGUUGGCCGAUUCUGGAAUUAUGUCGGAGUAAGCGUUCUCACCACUACUGCUCCACUGUAUCUUUCCGAGCUGGUACCACCACAUGUCCGAGCAAGGUCGGUCGGGUUCUGUAUUGCAGGGAGCUCAGCGACAGGCAUCAUCGGAACUACCGUGGUGUGGGCAACCGCACGGCUUACCGACUCUCGCCAGUACAAAGUUCCCCUGGCGAUCCAAGUAGCAUUGCCCGCUGCCUUUGGACUACUUACCCUCCUUGCGGACGAGUCUCCAUCUUGGUACAUCCAACAUGAUCAACUAGAAGCAGCACGAUCCACUCUCAUGCGACUUCGGAACAACAAGGUGGACCUCGUGGAAGCAGAGUUGACUCUAAUCCAGGCUGCAAUGAGUGCAAGUACGGCUCGCCAAGCUGGUGUACGAUUCUGGGACAUCCUAAAGCCAGAGCACUUGAAGCGUACUCUAACGGCGGGAGCCUUGCUGCCUCUCAGCCAGGUUGGCGGCCAGAUCUUGGUUCUCACUUAUUCAACCGUGUUACUUGUACAAAGCGGCGUCGCCAAUCCCUUCGAAAUUACCAUCAUCAUCUCGUGCCUCACGUUCCUUGGUACGAUUGUGGGCCCGGUUUUGGUGGACUCGGCCGGACGAAGACCCGUCGCCCUUAUUGGAUUCUCGAUUCUCUUCAUCCUGGAUAUGACUGCUGGUGGGCUUGGUGCGGCAGGCCUGACAACAAAGAGCCAGAGGCUCGGGCUUGCUGCGGUGUUCAUUAUAUUUGCCUUCUUCAACGCUGUCUCCUUCCAAUCGCUAUCAUACCUGCUUCCCACGGAGGUAUCGACAGCCGCCCUCCGAGAGCCAACCGUCUCAUGGGCAGUAUUCUGGUCCUACGCGACGGCCAUUAUCACAACAUUUGCGGUUCCUCAGAUCACGGCUCCCGACGCUGGUAACCUGGGUGUCAAGACUGCUUUCAUCUUCGGCGGCUGCGUCUUCUUGACCGCAAUCUGGUCUUAUUUCUAUCUGCCAGAGACAAAGGCCCGGACAGUUGCCGAAAUUGAUGAGAUGUACCGGAUCAGUCUACCAAUGCGAAAGUGGAGAAAACACCAGUGCCAGGUACUGAAUGAAGCUGCUCUUGGACUUCCACAGGAUGAAACUGGGCGAGAUACCAGGGUGUAG